UCGGGCCGGGCGCCGGCCUCCUGCGCAGCUCCCCUCGGCCGCCGGCUGCAGGCCCCCUCCUCCCGGCCGGCCGGCGCCACAUCUGGCCCGCACAUCUGCCGGGGCCCGCGCGGCUCGGGGGUCUCGAGAGGGCGCGGGGUGUGUGUGUGUGUGUGUGUGUGUAGGGGGGGUGGUCCGGGGAGGCGCCGUCCGCUGCGCUCUGGGCUCGGUCUAUGACGAGCGGCGGGGUCUGCCAUGGGUCGGGGGCUGCUCCGGGGCCUGUGGCCGCUGCACCUCGUCCUGUGGACGCGCAUCGCCAGCACGAUCCCACCGCACGUCCAGAAGUCGGUUAAUAACGACAUGAUGGUCACGGACAACAAUGGCGCCGUCAAGUUCCCACAACUGUGCAAGUUUUGCGAUGUGCGAUCUUCCACCUGUGACAACCAGAAGUCCUGCAUGAGCAACUGCAGCAUCACGUCCAUCUGUGAGAAGGCACACGAAGUCUGCGUGGCCGUCUGGAGGAAGAAUGAUGAAAACAUAACCCUGGAGACUGUGUGUCACGACCCCAAGCUCGCCUACCAUGGAUUCCUUCUGGAAGAUUCUGCCUCUCUAAAGUGUAUCAUGAAAGAAAAAAAGGUGUUUGGCGAGACUUUCUUCAUGUGUUCCUGCAGCGCUGACGAGUGCAACGACCACAUCAUCUUCUCGGAGGAAUACACCAACAGCAGUCCCGAUCUGUUGCUAGUCAUAUUCCAAGUGACCGGCGUCAGCCUCCUGCCACCGCUGGGCAUUGCCAUCGCUGUCAUCGUCACCUUCUACUGCUACCGUGUCCACCGGCAGCAGAAGCUGAGCCCCUCCUGGGAGACCAGCAAGCCGCGGAAGCUCAUGGAGUUCAGCGAGCACUGUGCCAUCAUUCUGGAAGACGACCGCUCCGACAUCAGCUCCACGUGCGCCAACAACAUCAACCACAACACGGAGCUGCUGCCCAUUGAGCUGGACACCCUGGUGGGCAAAGGUCGAUUCGCCGAGGUCUACAAGGCCAAGCUGAGGCAGAACACGUCCGAGCAGUUCGAGACCGUGGCCGUCAAGAUGUUCCCCUACGAGGAGUACGCCUCUUGGAAGACGGAGAAAGACAUCUUCUCGGACAUCAACCUGAAACACGAGAACAUCCUGCAGUUCCUGACGGCCGAGGAGCGCAAGACAGAGCUCGGGAAGCAGUACUGGCUGAUCACCGCCUUCCAUGCCAAGGGCAACCUGCAGGAGUAUCUCACGCGCCACGUCAUCAGCUGGGAGGACCUGCGCAAACUGGGCAGCUCCCUGGCUCGGGGCAUUGCCCACCUCCACAGUGACCACACCCCCUGUGGGAGGCCCAAGAUGCCCAUCGUGCAUAGGGACCUCAAGAGCUCCAAUAUCCUGGUGAAGAACGACCUGACCUGCUGCCUGUGUGACUUUGGGCUGUCCCUGCGUCUGGACCCUACACUGUCUGUGGAUGACCUGGCUAACAGUGGGCAGGUGGGGACUGCCAGAUACAUGGCACCGGAAGUCCUGGAAUCCAGGAUGAAUCUGGAGAACGUGGAGUCCUUCAAGCAGACCGACGUCUACUCCAUGGCGCUGGUGCUCUGGGAAAUGACGUCCCGCUGCAAUGCGGUGGGGGAGGUCAAAGAUUACGAGCCUCCGUUUGGUUCCAAGGUGCGGGAACACCCCUGUGUGGAGAGCAUGAAGGACAAUGUGCUGCGAGAUCGAGGUCGACCAGAAAUCCCCAGCUUCUGGCUUAACCACCAGGGCAUACAGAUGGUGUGUGAGACACUGACCGAGUGCUGGGACCACGACCCGGAGGCCCGUCUCACGGCCCAGUGUGUGGCGGAACGCUUCAGCGAGUUAGAGUACCUGGACAGACUCUCGGGAAGGAGCUGCUCCGAGGAGAAGAUUCCCGAAGAUGGCUCGCUGAACACUACCAAAUAGAGCCUCUGGGACAGGCUGGGCCAAAUCCAAAGAAGUCACCGCUCUCACCAAAGAACAGAGGCAGCAGGAAGCUGCCCCUGUAUUGGUCGAUGCUUCCUGGAAUACCAAGGGCAUCACUCCCCCUCCCUGUAAGCUGUGGGAUGAGCGGAAAACACAGCAGCAGGGAGCAGGUGACAUAAAGCAUUCUAAACCUUUGACAUUGUCAUAGGAUAAGCUGUGUUAGCACUUCCUCAGGAAACGAGAUUGAUUUUUUUUACAAUAGCCAAUAACAUUUGCACUUUAUUAAUGCCUGUAUAUAAAUAUGGAAUAGCUAUGUUUUAUAUAUAUCUAUAUAUGUCUAUAUCUAUAUCUAUCUAUAUAAAUAUAUAUAGCCAUACUCUGAAAAGAGACAAGGAAAAAGAUCAAAGAUCCCCAGGAAAUCGGUUUUGUUGGAGAGCUCCAGAACCGAGCGAGGAAGGAAGGCAGAGGACAGCGUUAGCACUUGACAGUCACACGAGGUGUCCUCCCCAAGCUGGGCGACGGGCACCUGGCCUGAGCAGAGACGCUCCGUGUCUCGGGGCCUGCUUUGGCCACGUUACACUUGCUUUUGCAAUCCUGAUUCCUGGCACAGGGGUUCUCCUCCAGCCCUGGAGCUAAGUAUGGUCGCACUGUUUGGGGACCAGUGUUCCUGGGGUUCCUGUGUGCCAUUGAUGCUCUUGGAUUUUGCAUCUGGGCUCCAAGCUCCGCACAGUUCAGAAACUGCCCCAUCUCUGCUAGCUUAAAUGUUUCGAGGCCCCAUGUGUUCCCCUCAUAGGCUGCAGAACAAUCAGGGUAAAUGUCUGCACCCGUGAACUGGCCCCACCAUCUACUAGUAAGAUUGUUCUUCGCCGUGUCAUUCCCUGUGUAUCUUUGCUACUCUUCCCCAGUCCCAGCCUUCUUCCUUCCCCAAAAGGGAACAGAUUUCCCACCACCACCUCCCGCCCCAGGGCUCACUGUGUUUAGUUUCCCGCCACACUUGGCUUGAGUCUCUCGCUUUCCGUGCAAACAUCCCUGGGUCCCGUCUUUCUGAGCUCCUGAAAGCUCAAGCAGGUGUUAGCCCAACUACACAAUCCUGCUACUGUGAGGACCCCGUCCUUGGGCAGGCUGAACACGUGUUUGGCUUGGCCAGCACAGCGCUGAAGAAAGUUGAGCCACUUUUUAAAUAUUUGUAGAUUUUUGCAGAAGGACAUGGAUCCCUCGUAAGGACAGCAAAUGGUUUCCAGUUCUCUGCAAUGCACAUUAUUCACAAAAUGAAGGUUGGACACACUUAAAAAGCUGCUUCUCUUCUCACUGUAAACAUUUGUACCCCACUCUGGGAUUUCACCAAAGUCCCUUGUAAGAAACGUGCAUUCAAGCCGUCAUUCUCUGGCUAUAUCAUAGGAUUUCGACUACCUUGUCUGGAAUGAAAAUUUGAAGUCAGCCUUUGGUUGGACUCAUGGGGACUGUCAUGUGGUCCCAGGUAGCCCAAGUCCCUUUUGCUUCUCCAUGAAGGGUUUUUCCCUCUGCAUUAAGGAGGGGAGUGCUUUCCUCCAGGAAGGCUUCCUGCUGUUUUCUGAACUCUUCAGGACACCAGCCUUCCCCGCAUGGUGAGGGCUGGAACGUGGGACACCCCGGUCCCAUUUGCAGUAAGGAAGUCUGUGUCCACGUAGACAGGAACAAAGAUUGAGCUUUAAUACUCCAGAGGAAACUUGUUACUCCACAAACACAAGUGUUAAUGCUGCAAGUAACAAUCUUUUUUUUUUUUUUUUAUCAUUUUGUGUUUUUAAAGCUAUUUGUCUUUAGCCAGAGGGGAAUACGAGAGAGAACUGGCAGUGGGCGCAUCUCAUUGAGGUUCUAGGAUAUGUGAGAAGCGUGGGGCCCAGUGGAAGCCCCAGGCGCCCUGCUCAGUGCUGCUGGGCUUCAGAGACGACCACACACUGUGCAGUCCUAGGAGGGAAGCGCUGAGUUGCACUUGCACCUGAGGGCUUGCUGGUGCCUUCCCAACAGCUGUUGCUCGUUGACCUCUAGUGGUGGAUUCUUAGAGUACUGGUGCAUACAGGGGAUCUCCCGAGGUUUGAGAGCUUUACCACUUCUGGGUCAUCCUCAGUGUAAACUGGAUCGUGGUGUCGGACGAUACUGUGGCUUGUUCGAUGUUGUCUUUUUUUAUUCAAGAGAAAAGACCAAGGAAUAACAUUCUGUAGUUCCUAAAAAUACUGACUUUUUUUUCUUACUACUAUACAUAAAGGGAAAGUUUUAGUCUUUUAUGGAACACUUCAGCCAUGCUCAUGUAUUAAUAGGAAUGUGAAUGCUGUAUACUCUUUUAUAUCAGAAGUCUCAAGCACUUAUUUUCAUCCUAUGCAUUGUUUGUCUUUUAUAUACAUGAAAUGUUUAUUAGAUUGAAUAAAGCAAAAAUACUCAG